CUUCCUGUGGAGAGGGAGGCGGAGCAGGCGGAGGUGCUGGAGCACAGGAGUGCCUGUCUCCGGCCCCAGGGACCAGGGGGCCAGAUUCACCGCUGCCUGGGCAGGAGGAAGGCAGCUGGGGAGCGGGGGGGGGGGGCAGGAGCUGAUUCUCCAGUGACACCGCCACGGACUCUGCCAGGUUUCCUUUUGUUCAGCUUUUGCUGUAGGAAUCUCUCUCUUGACUGGCUGAGGCCAGGGGCCUUAGGCUGCUGAGCCAGCCUGGCUCAAGAUGGCCUCCUCAGGGGCCCCAGGGACACGCAUGACCUCCACGGUCAGCAUCAACAUCUCCACUCCAAGCUUCUAUAGCCCCCAGAAGAAAUUUGCACCGGUUGUUGCUCCCAAGCCCAAAGUGAACCCGUUUAAAGCUGGUGGUGCCGUGCCCGGAAAUGCCUUGGAGCAGACAUUGCCUCCACCAGCUGGGGCUUGUGCCCAGAUGGGGAAGGUGGGUGAGAUCCCAACAGCCACAGCAUCUUCUCUUGCUGAAGAUCUCCCACUGCCGCCACCCCCCCCUCCUGGAGAAGAUAUGGUUGUCUCCUCAAACAGCGCUUUCCCUCCUCCGCCUCCCCCAUUUAUGGAGCCGUUUCCCCCACCUCCAGAAGAUGUCUUCCCGUCUCCUCCUCCUCCAAUUGUGGUGGAAGAGCACGCAUCUCUGAGUGGGCUGCCUGCCCCCCAGGGGCAGGUCCGCGGGAAGGUGAGCAGUAUUGAUUUGGAGAUGGACUCUUUGUCCUCAAUGCUGGAUGACAUGGAGAAGAACGAUCCCUUCAAACCCCGGCUGUCUCCCGGGUGUUUGGUCACUGCCGGAUGCGGAUCGCAAAGUUCCUCGGAAAGCGUGGCUCCACCUAAAGACGUCCCUGCUCCUGUUUCUUUUCCUUCCAACGCUGCCUCCAGUCCCAGUGUCAAUUACCUGUCCAAACCGUCAGGAGAAGCAUGUCCAGCUCCUCCUCCACCCUGGGUGACUUCGAAGCAGCGCAGAGACUUGCUGCCAGCAGCGCCGCUCCCUGCUCCGCCACCCGCUCCUCCUGCUCCAGCAGCCCCCAAGGGCCCUCCCCCCCCUGCCGCUCCUGCCCCCAGAUUUGUCCCUAAGCCAGUUCCGAGCGUUUCUUCCGGGUUUUCCAGGCCAGCUGCUCCAGCCUCUCCUCAGCCUCGCUUGCCUGCUCCUCCCGGUGCUGGUCCAGCCCCGAAGCCACAGCCGCCCACUUUCACUUACGCACAACAACGGGAAAGGCCCCUGGUCCAGGAGAAGCCGUGCCCCACCAUCCAGCCGCCUGCCCCACGAGACAUGCGCAACCCAGCCACCUUUGCGAACACGGAGUCAGAUCCUCCCAGGGGAGGUCCUGCUCUGACCAUGAAGGAGGUAGAAGAGCUGGAGAUGUUAACUCAGAAGCUCAUGAAGGACAUGGACCACCCUCCUCUUGCAGAGGCCUCCACUUCUGAGGUGUGUGGCCUGUGCAGUAAGGCCCUGUCACGGACACAGCCAGCUGUCCGUGCCCUGGACAGGCUGUUCCAUGUGGAGUGUUUCACCUGUUUCAAGUGUGAGAAGCAGCUGCAGGGGCAGCAAUUCUACAACGUGGACGAGAAGCCCUUCUGCGAGGAAUGCUACGCAGGCACCCUGGAGAAGUGCUGUGUGUGCAAGCAGACCAUUACGGAUCGGAUGCUGCGAGCCACGGGCAGUUCUUACCACCCUCAGUGUUUCACCUGCGUGGUGUGCCACAAACCCCUGGAGGGGGCCUCCUUCAUCGUGGACAAAGCCAACCAGCCCCACUGUGUGGACGAUUACCACAGAAAAUACGCUCCGCGGUGUUCGGUGUGUACUGAGCCCAUUAUGCCAGAACCAGGGAAGGACGAGACUGUCCGAGUGGUGGCCCUGGAGAAGAACUUCCACAUGAAGUGCUACAGAUGUGAGGACUGUGGGAAACCUCUCUCCAUUGAGGCAGAUGACAAUGGCUGUUUCCCCCUCGAUGGCCACGUGCUGUGUAGGAAGUGCCACACCACACGUGUCAAAGCAGCAGGCUGAGCGCCUCGGAGCCUGAUGUGCCCUCGGGGUCUCCCUCACCCCCCGCGCCAGUGGGCCUGAUGCCCCCCUGUGCCCUGUGAUUCUUCCUCCUGCUGCCGCCUCUUCCUGCCCACGUCACUGGGCAUUUUGCCCUAGAGUCUGGUGCUGGGUUAGAUUUUGUGGAUCCAUUCCACUGGCAGGCAUUUCCCUCUGAUGGAAAGCGCCUCCCUUGUGCUGGGGAAGCCUCCUCCUCCUGGGGGAGGAAUGCAUUUCUGCCCAAUGGAUGGCUCCGCAGGAUCCAGCCCAACGUACCUUCCUCCCCUGACCCUCUCCCCUCGCCCUUUCAAAAUGGCACCUUCCUUUCAUCUCUCCUUGCUGCUGAACGUUCUUUCUGAUGCUAUUCAAAGUGACGUGGAGGCUGGUCCUGCUCUAAGCCCUGCCGCCCUCCUGGCUUGGCGAGAGAGAAAUGAAUCCUGGAGAGCAAAGAUGCCGUCUUCCAAGCUGUGCCUCCCCCUGCCCACACUCCCAGGGCCUGCCGGCUGAAGCUUUGCUUUGUGGCAUCCCCCGUUCAGGUUUGGAUCUUGGAACUGCACAUUGAUGCAUGGUGGGGGCGUUGCGUGACCCCCUCAGACUCUGGGCAGGGGGAUGAACUGCUGACUUUGCCUAACUAUUUUCUUUCUGCCAGUGAGAAAAUACUCUUGACUUCAAGGUUGAUGGACCACGUCUUCCCCUGUCCCACUCCACUCCUCACAUUUUUGUUUUUUGUGAUAUUUUGGCUUCACUAUAGUAAGCAAUCCAAAGAACUCAUCUGUUUACAUGGAGCUUGAUAGAGUUUUGAAUUGGUGUUGGGAGAGCCAUCACCUCCCAGGGAGGGGGUUUGUUUGCUCACAGCCUCUGUGUGUGGGGGGGGGGUGCCUUCCAGCUCCCCAUGCAGGUUGCUAGCUGCCUUUGUCUCUUGUGACAGACCCGCAAACUGUUUUUGGAAUUCUCUCUGGCUCGCUGUCAUCAAGCAGUACCCCAGCUCCUGGGCUGAACAGAAUAUUGAAUAUUGUGCUGUCCCAGCCAGUCUCUGUCUCCAAUAAACAUUUGAGGUUUGGGGUUUUGUGUUUUUUGUUUUGUUUGGGGAUGUUUUUUGCCUUGCAACUUCAGCCCUUUCUGUGGUGUGCAUGUGCUCGCUGCAAUGCUGCUUGGCAGUCAUCCAUUCUUCUUAAAAACAUUCUACUUGGUGCCUGGCUUUGCACACCGAAAGACUCGGGAGUACUGUGAAGCAAAAUCGCCCGUCCACACAAUCAGCUUUUCAGUCUGUAUCCAAUUAGAAACAUAAUUUUUGCUGAAAGAAAAUAGUUGGUUUUAAGUAGUUGUCCUCAUGUGUGAGCUUUCCCCUUUUGCUGCUCACAGUCUUAGCAAUUUUCUGUGUAGUGCUUCCUUUCUAAAAAUAAUACUGUGACCUUGUAACUUUUUUAAAAAUGCCAUUGUGUGACCUUUAACCCCACCUCUCUUUUUUUAAUCUGUACAACCUCAGUUUAGAAUUUGAAAUCCAGACGGUUUGGUUCUGUCUCCAUCAUUGCUAACAGAGGUUUUAACAUAUUUUAGGAUCUUCUCAACAUCUGCUUGGUUCCCAACGGCUGAGGGUUAGGCCCUCUGCUGCAUUACAGAGUUAAAGAAGCAGAGGAAGUGGGUUUUUGAGAAGGGCGUUACUGCAAGUCGUGCGACAGCUUUGACUGCUGCCCAGAGAAAGACAAACUCAAACUUUCACGCAGUGGUGAGAAACUGAUCUUGAAUGAAUACCAUUUGAUUGGUUAUGAGCUUUGAGAGUAGAGAAGAAUAUCCGCAAGGAUUCACAAAUCUUACUUUAAAAAAAAUGGAGGAUGUUUUCAGUGGUUAAACUCUGGCUGCUGACAUCUUUUAGAUUCCUGGUAGUUGCUUUUCUUGUGCAUGUUAUUUGGAAGAAAAGAUGGCAUUUUAGCUAGAUCAAGCGGAUACAACUUGCAGUGGUCCAGUUGGACUCACUCCUGCCUCCUGGUUCCGCCUGCUUAAUGAGAAGGGGGUGGAUGGGUGGGCCACACUCUACAGCGGCUGGCUUGGCAGGUCCCCGAUUGUGUCGCCCUGAUCUGGAUCAUGCAGUCCAGUGGCACUCUGUGUGUGUGUUGGAAACAUGUCGGCAUCAGGGUGGUUUAUAUUCCUCAGUUUGACACAAGUGUAGAAAACCUUCAUCCAGCUUAACUUUUGUGAGAAACUUUGCUUUCAUCUUAAAUGAGUUUCUAACUCCUUUGGUGAAAUCUCAGAAACAAGAGGUUGGCUGAAUAAGACCUCCUUCCAGAAGUUUGAAUUUGAGGCUUUGAAGCCUGAUAAGACCUGGGUGUGGCAAGUAGUAAAAGUUAACAUGGUCCACCCCAAAGCUGCAUCUCCUUCUGCAGAUACUUGGUGGUAUUGCAAAUAACAAAGGUCAACAGUGAAAGAGGGUGGCAAAUGUUUGCCUAGUUCUUGAGGUGUUUGUUCAGGCCAAGUGUAGUUUCGUUCCACAGUCCUUUUGAUCUCUCUGCUUUGUCAGCCUACCUACUUCUUAGUAUUUGGGGAACAUACAACUAGCGGACUGUGUUGUAUAGCCAGGGCUGUGUUUGAGAUAGCUCUGUGUGUGUGGGGGGUGGGGGUGGGGGGUGAUGCUCACUUUGCUCCCCAUACCUCUUAGCUUGUGCAAAAAAGCCCUCCCCCUAAUUUUUGUUCCCUUUCAGCAGGAGCAUUUUCUAGUUACUUUUGAGUAGCUUGUUUCCAUCUCUUGACCCUGGAGGCCUUCAGCUUGGAAGGUUACUAAAGAAGUCAUACAGCCAUUUCCAGGAAAGCAGGUCUGGAGCAACUAGUGCUCUGUUCGCAAGGGUGUGUUUUGCAAAUUUUGGAGGCAAGUAGCAAGGUUAUCACAGGCCCACGGUAUAUUUUAGUUCAUCAUUUGCCCUGGACACAGGCCUUAAAUCUCUACGUUUGUGAUAAAUCCUUUCUGAUCCCGAAAGAGUAGGGUUAAUUUUGACACAAAUUUUCUGGAGUUGAUCCUGACAGUUUUUUAAAAAAAUAUCCUAUAAACCUCUUGCUUUACAGAUUUGGUUUGGAAAAGUUGUGCAGAUUCAAAUUUCCCCUGGAUCUACUGAUGGGGCUACUGCAAAAUGCGCUUCCAGUUGUUGUUGUACUAUUGUAGUUUUGGCAAAGUUUUUAUCAGCAGGGAAAUGGCAACCAAGAAUGCCUGAACUUUUCUAGCUCACAGAGGGUCGUUGUAGGUGGGUCUGGGGGUGUUGAACAUGUGGGGGGUUCAUUCUUGUCAAGCAACUAGUGUAAGUAGGGGGAGAUGAGCAGCCAACGACUGGUAGGUGGAGAAAGAGUACCCUUCAGCGUCUGCUUAAUAGCACAAGCCUAGAAGUGAAUCGCCUUGUAACCUGAUCUGCAAGUGCCCUGUCCGGUGAGACUGGGGAGUAAAUGUGCAUAGGUUUGUUACGUAUAGGUUGACUUGUUCUCCGGACAUCUGUGGCUCUUACACAAGGGUUGGAGGUCCUGCUCACACAGUGCUUUGUGGGCCAAUUUUGCCCUCCCAAGUCCCCAUCUAAUGUAUUGUCGAAGGCUUUCACGGCCAGAGAACGAUGGUUGUUGUGUCACAGUGUCACUGUGACACUGAGAGAUCUCUGUCUUUUGGUGCUACGCCUCUGAAGAUGCCAGCCACAGCUGCUGGCGAAACGUCAGGAACUACAAUGCCGAGACCACGGCAAUACAGCCCGGAAAACCCACAACAACCAUCCCCAUCUAAUGAUUAAAAUGGAGGCCUUUGGUUUUAGGGUAGCAUGGGCUUCCAUAUGCAGGAAGAGUUCACUGUUGAGGUUGGCUAGAGGGGUGGCAUAUGACACAUGCAGGGGGGAGCGGUUUACAGAGGCCACCCUUCUUUGGUGCUCUAGUUCAUGAACCAGACAAUGGAUGAGCUAGUACCCCACAGUCAUCCCUAACCAUUCCUGGAUCAUUGUGCACAUAAGCACGCAUGCACCUCUGAUCAGUAACAUCGCACAUAGGACUACAUUUUGUCAUGGGUGAACUAGCCAUAGUCCUCCAAUAGCUUAAGGGGGGCGGGGCGGUAUACAGUAAUACCUUUGUGGCCGUUCUCAUUCAGUGACAACUCACAAUUUUUCAACUUAUCAUGCAUGUCAUGUGUUUAUAACCAUACUCCUGCUUGCCAGCACCUGGCACCUUUUAAUUGCCUCGGGGAGAGGGGACAGACUUGUACUGCAAUAAAUUAAAAGGUGCUCUUGG